GCCAACUGCAGCUGGGAUCAAGUGACACUGGAGAGGACUGACCAGGAGGCCGGGCCUUCCAUCCCGGGAGCCGAGCCGGAAGCGGCCCCAGAAUGUGCUGCGGAUGCUGACGCGGCCUCCGCCUGUGGCUCCGAGAACAGUAGCAUGGCUACAGGGAGCGCCCAGGGCAGCUUCACUGGCCACCCGAAGAAGACCAAUGGCAGUAAUGGCACCAACAGCGCACUCGUCCAAAGCACUUCUCCUCAGAGCACCCUUGGAGCAGCUGGGGCCAACGGGGGCGGGGGCGCAGCCCGCGUGUGGGGCGUAGCCGCAGGCUCCAGCUCCGGCCUCGCUCACUGCCCCGUCGGCGGCGGGGAUGGGAAAAUGGACACCAUGAUUGGGGAUGGGAGAAGUCAGAACUGCUGGGGCGCGUCCACCUCCAGUGCUGCCAUCAGCCUGAACCUUAACCCCAAUGCCAACCCAGCUGCCUGGCCUGUGCUUGGACACGACGGAGCUGGGGCAACAGGCAACCCUUCCAGUAUUUGCAGUCCGGUCAGUGCCAUCGGGCCAAACUUGGGCAACCAGAACGGGAACCCAGCGGGCACGUUAGGUGCUUGGGGAAGCUUGCUGCCGUCCGAGAACGCAGAGCCACAAACGCCUGCCUCUCAGAAUGUGUCUUUCAGCGUACAACCUCAGAACCUUAACUCUGAAGGACCAAAUAACACUAACCCCAUGAACCCGCCCCCAAACCCCAUCAGUGCAGUGCAGACCAAUGGACUGCCCAACUGGGGCAUGGCCAUCAUCCCACCCCACCUGCAAGCCCCCCCUGGUGCUAACGGCGCGUCGGUGUCUCAAGUCAGCGGGGGUGGAGAAGGCCUGGGCAGCUCUGUGUGGGGACUGUCCCCAGGUAACCUGGCCACAGGAAGUAGUACUUGUGGGUUCAGUCAGGGGAAUGGAGACACUGUGAACUCAGCAUUAAGUGCUAAGCCGAAUGGAUCGAGCAGUGCUGUGCAGAAGGAAGGAAACGGAGCCAAGGCUUGGGACUCGGGGCCGCCUGCGGGCCCCGGCAUACUGGCUUGGGGCAGGAGCAGCGGCAGCAGUGGCGUUGGGAAUAUCCAUUCAGGAGCUUGGGGCCACCCCAGCCGAAGCACCUCCAAUGGUGUGAAUGGGGACUGGGGGAAGCCCCCAAACCAGCAUUCCAGUAAUGACAUCAGUGGGAAAGGAUCAACAGGGUGGGACAGUCCUAACGUCAGUAGCCAGAACCCUGCCGUGCAGCCUGGCGGUGACCACAUGAACUCGUGGGCAUCUGCCGGAACUGCCACCAGCGAGGGGAGCAGCGAGGGCUCCGGCCACCACAAUGAAGGAAGCGCUGGGCGGGAGGGGCCUCUGGAAGGCCGCAGGCGUGACAAGGGGGUGGUCGACCAAGGGCACCUCCAAUUGCCAAGGAACGAUCUUGACCCAAGAGUCCUGUCAAACACUGGCUGGGGACAGACUCCUGUAAAGCAAAACACUGCCUGGGAAUUUGAGGAAUCCCCUAGGUCCAAGAGGAAGAAUGACAAUGGGACAGAGGCCUGGGGGUGUGCAGCUACUCAGCCUUCCAGCUCAGGGGGCAGGAGCGAUGGGGCCAUCAUGAGCAGUACAAAUACCUCUGCAGUAUUUGGCUGGGUCAGCUCGGCCUCCACUGCUGCUCCCACGAACACAGGCUGGGGAGACGGCAACAGAAAAGUGCCGAGCGGCCCGGGGGUGUGGGGAGACUCCGUCAGCUCCCCCGCUGUCAACGCUGCUGCUGCCUCCGCCAAGGGCAGCCACACCUGGAGUGGAACUGUCAGUCAGGAGGACAAGCCGCCCACCUGGGGUGAGCCUCAGAAACCCAAAUCUCAAAACUGGGGCGAUGGACAGAAGUCUACCGCAGCCUGGAAUGCCGGAGGGGGCGACUGGGCAGACUCAGCCUCGGUCCUGGGACACCUGGGGGAGGGGAAGAAGAGUGGGUCCGGCUGGGAUGCUGACGGUAGCAGGUCUGGCUCCGGGUGGAAUGAUGCCCCAAGGUCUGGGACCAGUGGGUGGGGCAAUGGCACAAAUGCAAAGGUUAAUCCAGGUACAAGCUGGGGGGAGUCUCUAAAGCCUGGCCCACAGCAGAACUGGGCAAGCAAACCCCAAGACAGCAGUGUGAGUAACUGGGGAGGGGCUGCCUCUGUGAAGCAGACAGGAACAGGGUGGAUCGGGGGCCCAGUACCAGUCAAGCAGAAGGACUGCGGUGAGGCCACCGGCUGGGAGGAGCCCUCGCCACCCUCCAUUCGACGCAAAAUGGAAAUUGAUGACGGUACCUCAGCUUGGGGGGACCCGAGCACCUACAACAAUAAAACUGUAAAUAUGUGGGAUCGUAACAACCCCGUCAUGCAGAACAGCACCACAGCCACCACCACCACAGCCACCACCACCAGUAACAACGCCAGCACGGUGGAGACACCUCCCUCGCACCAGGCCAGCACACAGCUAACGCGGUCCCCGCUGCUUGGUUCAGGUAUGGAGGGGGUUUCGUCAGGCUGGGGAGAGAUGCCUAACCUUCAUCCCAAGGCCGAGAACUCCUGGGGAGAGCCGUCCUCCCCCUCCACCCUGGUGGACAAUGGCACAGCAGCGUGGGGGAAGCCCCCCAGCAGUGGCAGUGGAUGGGGUGACCACCCUGCUGAGCCGCCAGUGACCUUUGGAAGGGCUGGCGCCCCUGCUACUGCCCCAGCCCUGUGCAAACCAGCUUCCAAAUCUAUGCAAGAAGGCUGGGGCAGCGGUGGGGACGAGAUGAACCUCGGCACCGCUCAGUGGGAAGAUGAAGAAGGAGACAUGUGGAGUAACGCUGCUUCCCAAGACAGCGCCUCCUCCUGCAGCUCCUGGGGCAACGCCCCCAAAAAAGGACUUCAAAAGGGCAUGAAGACUUCCGGCAAGCAGGACGAAACCUGGAUCCUGACGCGGCUCAUCAAACAACUCACCGACAUGGGCUUCCCGAGAGAACCAGCUGAAGAGGCCUUGAAGAGCAGCAAUAUGAACCUCGACCAGGCCAUGAGUGCUCUGCUGGAAAAGAAGGUGGACAUGGACAAGCGUGGACUGGGAGUGACCGACUACAAUGGAAUGGUCACCAAACCCCUUGGCUGCCGCCCACCAACCUCCAAAGAGUCUUCCGUGGACCGCCCCACCUUUCUCGACAAGGACGGCGGCCUUGUGGAAGAGCCCACUCCUUCACCAUUUCUGCCUUCACCAAGCCUGAAGCUUCCCCUUUCAAACAGCGCACUCCCCGGUCAGACCCUGGGUGGGAUCGCCUCAGGGCUGGGCAUGCAAAACUUGAAUUCUUCUAGACAGAUCCCGAGUGGCAGUCUGGGUAUGUUUGGCAACAGCGGAGCAGCACAAGCCAGGAGCAUGCCACAGCCAGCGCCAGCGCCGCCGCUCAGCUCCUCCCAGCCCAGUCUCCGAGCUCAAGUGCCUCAGUUUCUAUCCCCUCAGGUUCAAGCACAGCUUUUGCAGUUUGCAGCAAAAAACAUUGGUCUCAACCCUGCACUAUUAACCUCGCCAGUUAAUCCUCAGCAUAUGACGAUGUUGAACCAGCUCUAUCAGCUGCAGCUGGCAUACCAACGUUUACAAAUCCAGCAGCAGAUGCUACAGGCCCAGCGUAAUGUUUCCGGACCCAUGAGGCAGCAGGAGCAGCAAGUUGCGCGUACAAUCACAAACCUGCAGCAGCAGAUCCAGCAGCACCAGCGCCAGCUGGCCCAGGCCCUGCUCGUCAAGCAGCCGCCGCCCCCAGCACCCCCGCCGCACCUGUCUCUGCACCCCUCUGCAGGCAAGUCGGCCAUGGACAGCUUCCCCCCGCACCCUCAGACGGCCGGCCUCCCCGACCUGCAGACCAAAGAGCAGCAGUCUUCGCCCAACACCUUCGCUCCUUACCCUCUCGCCGGACUGAACCCCAACAUGAAUGUAAACAGCAUGGACAUCACGGGUGGCUUGUCGGUGAAGGACCCGUCUCAGUCCCAGUCUCGCCUGCCUCAGUGGACUCACCCCAACUCCGUGGAUAACUUACCCAGUGCUGUUUCUCCUCUGGAUCAGAACCCGAGCAAGCAUGGUGCUAUCCCUGGGGGUCUCAGCAUCGGACCUCCAGCCAAGUCCUCCAUUGACGACUCCUACAGCCGGUACGAUUUAAUCCAGAACAGUGAGUCCCCAGCCAGUCCGCCUGUAGCUGUUCCCCACAGCUGGUCACGUGCCAAAUCUGACAGUGACAAGAUCUCCAAUGGCUCCAGCAUUAACUGGCCCCCAGAAUUCCACCCUGGAGUACCAUGGAAAGGACUUCAGAACAUUGACCCCGAGAACGACCCGGAUGUCACUCCCGGCAGUGUCCCCACGGGGCCCACCAUCAACACCACCAUCCAGGACGUGAACCGCUACCUCCUCAAGAGUGGAGGUAAGCUGUCAGACAUCAAGUCCACAUGGUCCUCCGGCCCUGCCUCCCACACCCAGGCCUCUCUGUCCCAUGAACUGUGGAAGGUGCCCAGAAGCACCACUGCACCCACACGGCCCCCUCCAGGCUUAGCCACUCCCAAGCCUUCCUCCACCUGGGGAGCCAGCCCCCUCGGCUGGACCAGCUCCUACUCCUCAGGUUCCGCUUGGAGUACCGACACCUCAGGAAGGACCAGCAGCUGGCUCGUCCUCCGAAACCUCACGCCCCAGAUUGACGGCUCCACGCUGCGGACGCUGUGCCUGCAGCACGGCCCUCUCAUAACAUUCCACCUGAACCUGACGCAGGGGAACGCCGUGGUCCGCUACAGCUCCAAGGAGGAGGCUGCCAAGGCGCAAAAGUCCCUGCACAUGUGUGUGCUGGGCAACACCACCAUCCUGGCCGAGUUCGCCGGGGAGGAGGAAGUGAACCGCUUCCUGGCUCAGGGCCAGCCACUGCCCCCCACCUCCAGCUGGCAGUCCACGGCAGGGACCAGCCAGACACGGCUGGGCACCUCGGGCAACGCCCACGGCCUGGUGCGCGACGCUGGACACUGGAGCGCCCCGUGCCUGGGCGGCAAGGGGAGCAGCGACCUGCUGUGGGGUGGGGUUCCCCAGUACUCCAGCAGCCUGUGGGGGCCCCCCAGUGUUGAUGACGGCGGGGUGAUCGGCAGCCCUACUCCCCUCAACACCCUGCUUCCUGGUGACCUGCUCAGCGGGGAGUCCAUCUAG